AUGCCCCAGAAAAACAAGAAGGCUCGGUGGGCCAAGGCUCACCAAGUUCCUGGCAGCAAAUUCUUCAGUAAAGAUUACAUUGACAGUGUUGAGGAUGUGGACGACCCAGACUAUAUUGAUGAAGAUUCAUGUUCAGUCUCGGAUGGUGAAGGUUGGAUUGUCAGCCUGCCAGAGCAUGGCAUCACAGACUCUGGUGCCAUCUCUGACUCUGAGGGCAAGAGAGAAGAGGCUAGUACUGGUGACAUGCAGAGUUGUGAGGUUUCUGAUGAGGAGGAGGGUAUCGAAGAGUUCGAAGCUCACCAGAUACUAACUGCUGCUCAAGAAUUCUGGCAGAAAGUAUUUGCCAAACCUGUCAACCAUCUCAAUACUGCCCCUCUUAAAGGCAAGGGCAGCUACACUGCAAUUGGGACAGCAAAACUCAGCAAUUUCUUUCAAUGCUCAACUUCCAUACCACAUACUGCUCAGCCUACUAUUGAGGUUGAUCAGUCUGAUAGCACAUCCUCUGAGUCUGACACACCUUCUGACAUAGAAGAUCAAGGGGUCAAUCCCCUGAAGCCACCCGCACCACCAACACGAUCCCAUGACACAGCCCCUGAGCUGCUGUCAGACACCAUUACAUCUAACAAUAACUCAGACAUAGUGCCUGAGGCUGCCUCAUUCCUUGAUCCUAUUGCAGAAGAAAUUAGGCUAUGA